AUGUGUGAUAUUCCUGGGCUGUCUGUUCACUUCACAUGUGUUACUCUUUUGAGGCACCUCGGAAAUGAAGAAAAUUGUAAACCAGACAGAACUGUAAGAUUAAAACUUGAAGACAAUCAGUUUGAAAUUCUAUACAUAGAAGGUAGGAACCCAGAAUUGAAAGGAAGAAAGUGUCAAGAAGAUACAGAAAAACUCUAG